AACCCUGAUUCGUGGAAGGGGGUGUGGCGGGGAAGGAUGAGAAAGUUCAUUCCUCUGCUCUGCCUCUGGAGUGUCUAUUGUUGCUUUGCCGCGGGAGGCCCCGCAACCCUUGGUCCAGAGGGACCGCUGCAAGAUGAGCUCCACAAAGUCAGGAGUGUACAGGCUGCUGCCAAACCCAAAGUGAAGUUUAACCUCCACACCUCCGAGGAUCCAGAGCAUGAAGGAUGCUACCUCUCCCUUGGCCACAACCAGUCCCUAGAAGACUGUGGCUUCAACAUGACAGCCAAAACCUUUUUCAUCAUUCAUGGAUGGACGAUGAGUGGCAUAUUUGAAAAUUGGUUGUACAAACUCGUGUCAGCCCUGCAUACAAGAGAGAAAGAAGCCAACAUCGUGGUGGUUGACUGGCUCCCCUUGGCCCACCAGCUUUAUACAGAUGCGGUCAAUAACACUCGGGUGGUGGGACACAGCAUUGCAAGGAUGCUUGACUGGCUGCAGGAGAAAGAUGACUUUUCUCUCAAGAAUGUUCACUUGAUUGGCUACAGCCUUGGAGCUCAUGUGGCUGGGUACACUGGCAACUUCGUAAAAGGCACAGUGGGCAGAAUCACGGGUUUGGAUCCUGCUGGACCCAUGUUUGAAGGAGUGGACAUCCACAGCAGGCUGUCCCCUGAUGAUGCCGACUUCGUGGAUGUCCUCCACACCUACACGCGUUCUUUUGGCUUGAGCAUCGGGAUUCGCAUGCCUGUGGGCCACAUCGACAUUUAUCCCAACGGGGGUGACUUCCAGCCAGGCUGUGGACUCAACGACAUCUUGGGGUCCAUUGCAGAUGGAACAAUCGCAGAGGCGAUGAAAUGUGAGCAUGAGCGGUCUGUCCACCUCUUUGUUGACUCCCUGAUGAAUCAAGACAAGCCCAGCUUUGCGUUCCAGUGCGCGGACUCAAAUCGCUUCAAAAAGGGGAUCUGUCUCAGCUGCCGGAAGAACCGUUGUAAUAAUAUUGGCUACAAUGCCAAGAAAACGAGGAACAAGAGGAACACCAAGAUGUACCUCAAAACCCGGGCAGGCAUGCCUUUCAGAGUUUAUCAUUAUCAGAUGAAAAUCCACAUCUUCAGCUACAAGAGCAUGGAAGAAAUUGAGCCUGCCUUUUAUGUCACUCUUUAUGGCACCAACGCAGACUCCCAGACUCUGCCUUUGGAAAUAGUGGAGCAAAUCGGGCUGAAUGCCACCAAUACCUUCCUGGUCUACACUGAGGAGGAUUUGGGAGACCUCUUGAAGAUCAAACUCACCUGGGAGAAGGUAUCUCAGCCCUGGUACAACCUGUGGAAGGAGCUUCACAGAUACUGGUCUCAAUCCCGCAAGUCUGUGCAGGAACUGAAUAUCAGGCGCAUCCGGGUUAAGUCUGGAGAAACCCAGCGGAAAUUUGCUUUCUGUGCAGAAGACCCUGAGAACACCAGCAUAUCCCCUGGCCAAGAGCUCUGGUUUCACAAGUGUCUGGAUAACUGGAGAAUGAAAAACGAAACUAGCCCAACCCUAGAGCUUCCCUGAGGGUGCCAGCAAGGCCACCUGCCCUGCCUUCCAAGCACAUGGAGGAAAGUUACUGCUGAGGACCCACCUGGAAGGACCCCUAUUGGCCUUGAACCUGGAGGACAGGCAAGAGCCUAUUUGCUGGGCCCAGGACCUUGCCUCCUAUGACAACUGGGACUUCUUGCCAGAGGGGACUACGCACUGCUGUUCCUGCUGCUCCUGCUGUUCCUGCUGCUGUCCUAGAAGAUCUCUAACGCCAGCUCUGUGUGCAGACAGCCGAAUGCCUGGGCUUCUGCGCUCACUGGGCUGGUUUCUAAAUGGCUGGAUAAGCCUGUGCUUUGCCUGACAAAGAACACUGGAUCUAAGGUGGCUCUGCCUGGAGGGCUGUCAGCUGCCUGGCCUGACUUGAGUCAUAGUGGGUGGUCUUCCUGCUGGGAACUGACUCAGGUCAGGAUGGCAGACCUGUGACUUUGUUUACCCAGAGAGGGGAGAGGAGGUCCGGGAUGAUGCUGAGAUCCUUGCUUUUGGGGUUCGAUAGGCAGAUUUGAAAAAUACCGGUUACUUUUUUGACAUUCUGUCCUGCUCCUUAACUCACUCUGUCCCUAAAGCACACAUCAUUGGCUUUCUUAUUUUUCCAUUGCUCAUUUUUUUUUUGGUUGGACAAAUGUUUAUUUAGCACUUUAACGGGGCUGGGAUUUGUAAACUCCUUUUCAGUUUCUAUGAUCCAUGAAUAUCCAUGUGAUAUAGGUACAAGGAACGUUGUUGUAAGGCUACAGGAUGAAAGAGUUGGGAACCCGAGGCUUUCAGUGGUUUCUACCUAUUUUUUCUUAGUUAUUAAGAGCAUUUCCCCUAAGAAUGGCAUGUUUGAUCACCGGCAGAGUAGCAAACAGAGUAUCAUAUGUGCUGAAUAUCAGAAUGGUGGCCAGUUGCCAGGUAUGAUUGCUUUGGAGUAAAAUCUCUUUUGUUCACAAAGAUAGAAGGUAUUAAUUAUGUUAUACGUAUCUGUUUAUAAAGAGCCAUCACCUGUUAAGAAGCUGGUGCUAAGAUUUAACACAGUGUUUUUUUUACCUCUUUGGAAUACCUUGUUCUAAAACCAGCCCCUUUUCUGUGUCCAACUUGGAAUAGGCUCCAAAUUUUCAUUUGAAUUAAUAUACAUGAUACCUGAGAAGCCCUUUUGUAUUUUCAAAAGAUUAGCAUGUCUAUCACCUAAUUAGAGACUCACAGCAGGAAAGUGAACAGGGCAGCUAUUAUUAUCUCUGUAUUACAAAAUUGAGGCUCAGUGAGGUUCAGCCACAUGCCUAGAAUUAUAUACCAAGUUGAUGGUGGAGCCAGGUGAAGACCCAGGUUUCCUGGAGACAAAGCCCGUGGUAUGUUUACCCUUGCAACUUCAUCAAGACUUCUACAGCCAUUUCUCAACAACUUGCCCCGGAAGUGGCAAACGAGAAAUUUUUUUCAGAGCCAUUCAUAAAACUUUAAGCUCUUUUAUUGAUGUAUAACUGGAAGAACAACUGUGCCAAGGGGCUGGGCUUUUUAUGGGUGAGAUUUUAUUUGGAAGGAGAUAUGACUUCAGGUAGGGAGAAGAGUGGUUUUCUUUGUACUUAGGUUUUAAAGGAAACUGUUUUUAUCUGUAUUGUGCCAAAGUUGUAUCAUUGUUUAAUGCCGCACUUCAGAAAACAUAACCAGUCAAGUCUUAAGUCGAGGUAUUUUCUCAAUUUAAUUGUAUCUUCUGUUGCUUCUGUGAUUGCAUUCUAGCCAAAAUAGAGCUUAUAUUACUAAUGGUGCAUCUUGGUUGCUUCCAACCUGUUUUUAGCAAUGGAAGCCUUGGGAAUCAAAUCCUCAUUGGGUCCUGUAUUUAUACAUUCAGCUUGAAGAUUUAUAUGUAUAUGAUGAUGCUUUUUUAUGCUACUUAGAACAUUUAUUUAUUUCUCAAGUGUAUAAAUGUGUAAAACAAA